UUUUAUUUCUGUUUUCCUGAAGGGAAAUAGAAGAAAGCGUGCUAUAUUGCGCCAGGAAUAGGAAGAGCAAUAACGAAAUACAGGGCGUGCUAUAUUGCGCUACCUGACUUGUCUCGCCGGCGACGAAGAUCGAAAAAUGAGGGCCGUAGUCCAGCGUGUUGCUUCAGCCAGUGUAGAGGUCGAGGGACAUAUAGUAUCAGCAAUCGGUCCGGGAUUGCUCGUUCUCGUUGGGAUUCAUGAGUCAGACGUCGAUUCCGAUGCUGACUACAUAUGCCGGAAAGUGUUGAAUAUGAGACUGUUCCCGAAUGAGGAAACUGGAAAGACAUGGGAUCACAGUGUAGUUCAGAAGAAUUAUGAAGUUCUAUUAGUGAGUCAGUUUACACUAUAUGGGGUUUUGAAAGGAAACAAGCCGGAUUUUCAUGUCGCAAUGCCUCCUCAGAAAGCGAAACCCUUUUAUGCCUCUCUGGUUGAGAAAUUCCAGAAAGCUUACAAACAGGAUGCCGUCAAAGAUGGUGUCUUUGGGGCAAUGAUGAAGGUCAACUUGGUCAAUGAUGGCCCUGUCACGAUGCAUCUUGACUCAGCACAACCGUCAAAAUGAGACUGAAGCAAUUGAGGAAAUGAUUCCUGCGCACCUCCGUUGCAAUUUGAAUGAUAAAUCUAGCGUUCCAAAAGUAGGCAACAUGAAGUGUUGGGUUAUUCGUUUUAUGGAAUUUCAGCAAUCUCAAAACCUGAAAGGAAUCAAAAGAGGGGAAGAGAAAAACAAUCUGUUAUAGUUGGAUUAAAGCAUCAUGAAUAUCAACUUUUAAGCUUAUAUUUGUCAUCACUUGUUGAAAUAGCUGCAAAACUACUUCGGUAGUACAUUGCACUAAAAUCAUCGGAGAACGUCCUGCAAAUUGCCUCACCGAGCACAUUAACACCUCUCAGUUGUACAUGACCUUCAAAUAAUUCAUCAGACAAAUUUCAUUGUUUGUUUCCA